CGCGCACUGCGUCGACUGCGCGGAUCCGAACCGAGCGUUUCUGCAACAGCUGAUUCGGUCGCCAUUUUUUAAUUUUAUUUUUUUUCCAUCACGAACAUAAACAGCAUCAGUCGCGUCGCGGGCAUUUGGAUGUAUCGCUGUUCGGAAGAAAGCGACGACAGCCUCCCCCCCUCCUCCCUUGCUGCAGAGCCCUCUUUCCUCUUUCAACCGAAGAUGGCGGUUGAUUUGGUCACCUGAACCUCCGCGUCGGUUCGGGUAAGAGAGCGAUCGGCUCGUCGUCAGCCGGCCGUUGCGUUGCUCGCGAAUGCACGGUGCCAUGACAACGAACGCGGCUGUCGCGAGCGCACCGCGGAGCCGUCGAGCGAUUUAACGCCGACGUCUCGCCGCUUCUACGUGAGCAAGCAACGGCAGAUGAAGACUCGGCUCUUUAAACCCCUGUACACCGUAGCACCUGACACACACGUACAGACACCGUGCUAACCGGGCCGUUCGAGAUGGGAAUCCAGGGUGGAUUUCCUCACCGUGAGGGAGCGGAGGUUUAAAGGGGCGGGCGGGGAGGGCAGGAAAGGGGGCCUUUGCUGCUCGCCGGUCUGUGAGGAGAUGGACCAAGAGUACGAGAGACGGCUGCUGAGGCAAAUCAACCACCAGAACCUGCCGACAGAGGACCGCCUGUCAAAGUGUGGAAGUGCUACUUGCAGUCCCGUCAGCAUUAGGUUAGGGGACCGCUUCAUUCCGACCCGAGCCGGAAGCAACUGGAGCAUCAACUUCCACUAUGCCAAUGAGAACUGCCGCUCCCCAAACCAGACCCGAAAAGUAAAGGAUGCCACUUCGGAUUCAAGCAAAGAUGCCGUGGCUUAUGCUGCGCUUUUGAGGAAUGAGUUACUGGGGGCGGGGAUAGAGACCGUGCCAGACGCUCACACCGACGACCGGCGUCCCUCUGUCCGCUCUCAAGACUCUCACAGCCUUUUUAGGUACACUGUCCACACUACGAGAGUACCUUUUGAUAGCGAUAACGAAGUCUCCCCUUACUCCCUUUCUCCGCUUAGUAACAAGAGCCACAAGCUGCUCCGCUCCCCACGCAAACCAGCCCGUAAGAUCUCCAAGAUCCCCUUCAAAGUGCUGGAUGCGCCGGAGCUGCAGGACGACUUCUACCUCAACCUGGUAGACUGGUCAGCGGGCAACUUGCUCAGUGUGGGUCUGGGAGCCUGCGUCUACCUGUGGAGUGCCUGCACCAGCCAGGUGACGAGGUUAUGUGACCUUUCCGUGGAUGGAGACUCAGUUACGUCAGUUUGCUGGAAUGAGCGGGGGAGUCUUGUUGCUGUCGGAACCCAUAAGGGUUACGUUCAGAUCUGGGACGCAGCAGGAGGGAGGAAGCUUACCAGCCUGGAGGGUCACUCAGCACGUGUAGGUGCCCUGGCAUGGAACGGCGAGCAGCUGUCAUCGGGGAGUCGGGACAGGGUGAUCUUACAGCGGGAUGUCAGGACCUCCCCAUCAGCUGAGCGGAGGCUGCAAGGUCACAGGCAAGAAGUGUGCGGCCUCAAAUGGUCCCCCGACCACCAGCACUUGGCGUCCGGAGGCAACGACAACAAGCUGCUGGUGUGGAACAGCUCCAGCCUUCUCCCCGUGCAGCAGUACAGCGACCACCUGGCGGCGGUGAAGGCCAUCGCCUGGUCCCCCCACCAACACGGGCUGCUGGCGUCGGGGGGCGGCACCGCCGACCGCUGCCUGCGCUUCUGGAACACUCUGACGGGUCAGGCGCUGCAGAGCACGGACACUGGCUCCCAGGUCUGCAACCUGGCGUGGUCCAAGCACGCCAACGAACUGGUGAGCACUCACGGCUACUCUCAGAACCAGGUGCUGGUGUGGAAGUAUCCAUCACUGACACAGGUGGCCAAGUUGACUGGACACUCUUACAGAGUGCUGUACCUGGCCGUGUCGCCGGACGGGGAGGCCAUCGUUACAGGAGCCGGGGACGAGACGCUACGCUUCUGGAACGUCUUCAGUAAGACGCGCUGCACCAAGGAAUCAAAGUCAGUGCUGAACCUCUUCACAAGAAUACGAUAGUGAACAGACUUUUCUGGUUUCUGGUGGAGCCUCCAGAGCUGUGGGUGAAUUGCACGGAGUCACCAGCGGCACUUAUAGACUAUCACUGAGAGUCCUCUCUCAUCUCGGUGCACUAACCACUAAUAGGACAGUGCUCACGUCCACCUUUUCUACUGAGGAUGCAAUCCCAACUUCCAACAACUGCCAUCCCUCACAGUGAAGUCACUGAUUAAAAAACAAAACAACAAGCAGUCUAUUGUCAGGACAUAUUGUCUG